AUGAACCCACAGCAGUAAUCAAAAACCAAAGUGUUUAAUAACUAGUAUUCCAUAGUGAAGAAGCUUUCUUCGGGAUCAUUUGGAGUAGUGUUUCUCGGCUAGGACAUCAUUUCGAAAUAAGAUGUGGCUAUAAAAGUGGAGAAGGAGGAGAAUGAGGAGGUCAAAUCUUUGGAUCGGGAAGUGCAAAUAAUAAAGAUUCUAGAUGGAAGUGAGGGAUUUCCAAAAUACUAUUGGUCAGGGGAAGAUCUGGGUUACAACAUACUUGUUAUUUAAUUGUUAGGGAAAGAUUUGGCAUUCCAUUUCAAAUAGCUCAAGAAAUUCAAUCUAAAAUCAGUUUUAACUAUUGGAAUCCAGGCUGUGAAUCUUUUAGAGAGAGCUCAUUCGAAAGGAGUAAUACACAGAGAUUUGAAACCUGAAAAUAUGAUGUUGGGAGUUGGCAAUGAGAUUUCUAAGUUAUAUCUGAUCGAUUUUGGAAUCAGCAAAGUCUACAGAGACACCAAUGGAAGACACAUGUACCUAUCCAAAUCCAAUGUAGCAUGUUUAAAGAUCAAAAGUCCUUUUUAGGAACUACUCGAUAUGCCUCGAUAGCAGCUCAUUUAGGACAUGAGUUAGGAAGAAAAGAUGAUUUAGAGUCACUGAUGUAUAUUUUACUGUAUUUCUUGCGUGGGUAUAGAACAAUUAUAAAAAAGGUAGUUACCUUGGUAGAACAUGGUCAAUGUAACAGACGAGGAAAGAACACAGAAGGUUGGAGAAUUGAAGUUGUCUCUUGAAAAUGAACUGUUUAAAGAUCAGGUUCCAGAGUUUCAAAAGAUUUAUAGGUAGAUUUAACCGUAUUUAAAAAAUAGUACGAUUCGAAGAUUGCAAUUCAAACAAGAACCUGAUUACAAGAUGAUUGUGCAGGAGCUUAGAAAGGCAGCAGAAAACCUAAACAUCGUUAUUGAUGGAAAUUAUGAAUGGUCAGAAAUCAAAUAAUCUACACAUUAUCAAUCAGAUACCAAUUAAAAUUUAAGUAAAUAAAAUAUUUAGUUCAACAAUUCAAAUGAGAUGAAAAAAUCUAUUGAAAAGUAAUUAUCCGGUGCUAUUUAACAUGGGUAAAAGGAUUACUUAAAUAUGAGCUCUUAAAACUUUCUAGCACCGCCUCCAUUAUCUUCUAGGAAUAAUACUUUUCAAAGGGAUGAUAUUAGGAAGAAUUCUAGCUUGACUUAACAAAGUAGCAUUGGAAAUUACUGUUAAUCAUUGAAUCCUAAUUACUAGAAGUCCAUUUGCGAUGAUCCUAUAGGGAGCAGACAGGAUAUUUUAUAACACAAAUAAGAAAGUUUUGAUGAUGAGAGAGUUUCCAAUUUUGAAAGCAAUCAAAUUGUUGAGAAUGUUGAGGGAUAGGAGUCCUUGCUUUAGAAAUAUGAGAAAGUCAAAAAAGGAAUUAUUAUGUAACUCUUUAUUUUGUAUUUUUAGUCACCUUAUUUAAAGUGUGAAAAAGAAAAAGAAAUGA